AUGUUGCGCCAGGUAAUGCAGAAGGUCUCGAAAGUCUUUAACCGAGGCCUGAUGCGCAAAGACAGCAGCAAAAAGGCGGAAGACCUGGAUGUUGAUAACGACUUUGACCCCGAAAACGAUGAGUUGCCUUUGUCCACGCGUGAGAAUAUCCUUGGUCGUCGUGACUCGAGAUUCAUCAUGGCAGAUAGCUUCGAGCUGCGUCGCGAGUUCCCUGGACUGGACAUCAAGCCUCGGCUGAUCUUCGACCACCCCAGCAUUGAGCAGCUCUCCGAAGCCAUCGUGAACCUGCCAAAGGCGGACGUGGAACCUGCCGUCAGCGAGGGCACCAGUACACGUCUCGGUGGGAGCACUGGAGAGUCAUCUGCCUACGUCUCUCGCUUCACUCAGCUGACAGAGUACGUUGCCUCAGACGCAGUCACGACCGUCAGCUAUGAAACCACAGGCAUGGAUGAUGUGUUCAUUCGCAGCAGCGAUGGCAUGGAGUGCGUGCUGAUUCCAGCCGCCUGCGCCCGAAUUGGGGAUGACGGGAAGUUUGAAGGUGGGGACAAUGAAGGCCCGAGCCACGAGGUGAAUUUGGAGAGUUUCUUGAUGGAUAUUGAACCUGUAAGUGUGGGUGCGUAUGCCCGCUUCUUGAGCAUGGUCCAUCCAAGCCAAGAACAGUUGCUUGACUGGUGCAUUUUGCCGGAGGAGGAUGAGAGAUGCUGCCACAUCCCGAUCAUGCGGGCCGAGAGUGGAGACGGUUGGCAAGUCAAGAGUGGCGUCCCAGUGAGUUGGCCCAUGAUUUUGGUCUCAUGGUAUGGUGCCAAUGCAUAUGCCUUGUGGGCACAUGGAGAGGAUUGGUCCCAGUAUAAGAGCGCAGUUUCAAGCUUUCUUCCCACGGAAGCUCAAUGGGAAUACGGCGCACGUGGAGCAAACCCUGCUCGAUUCCCUUGGGGAAACACGGACGCCAGCGAAGAGCUCCUGAAUGUGUGCUGGGAUGCUAGUGUGUACGAAGGAGUGAGUCAUGUCGCAACUCCUUUAACUGAGCUGCCGUUGGUGAGCGUGAACGUUCAGAUGGGUGUAUCUCCAUUCGGCCUGCGGGGCAUGGCUGGAAAUGUAUGGCAGUGGUGCCGUGACACGUACCAUGAGAAUUUCUACCUCUCCUCCGAUGCCAGUGCACCAAAUGCAUGGAACAGCGAGGCGGGCGACGCCAAAAGCGAGCGUGGCGGCAGCUGGGUGGGCGGCCCACAAUUGGCUCGUAGCAGCUACCGCCGGGGACGCAUCCCUGAGGCCAAGGGCCGUUGCUUGGGCUUCCGCUGCUGCGCACCAUCCACACGACUGGCUUAG